UCGUAGACAGCAACACCUGAACCCUAUACGUCGCAAAGAAGAUGAUAUUGACCGACGUGGGACUAAGCGUCGCCAAUCUAAUCUGGACCGCACUAGUCCACACACAGGGCAGGUUCUGGAGGGGCAACAACAGGCGCGUCUAGAGGCUCAUCACCCAGUGUCCGCUACAGAUAAGCAGUCACCAACGGCACAUGAAGAUAAACCUGCCCACUCAGGAGAUGACGUCGUCUUCGAGGGUGAGACCAAGAGAGUUCCCGACCUGCGUGCGGACCGGAGUCAGACUAUUCCUGACGCCUCCGCCGUGAAACUCACUGAGCUAAUGGCGCAACAGCAGUCACUUUUAGAGAGGUAUGAACAAAGGUUGCAGCGCACAACUACCGAUCGGCUUACAACAUUGUUGGCUGCCACUGAGACAUCUACUGGCACACACAAACGUGUGCACACAUCGCCAGGAAAUGAGGACAACCCUACGUUCCGUAUCCACGGCCGUACACGUCCGCACCUGCACUCGGGUAUGAAUCACCAGGGUCGGAGGGCCAACCGACCGAGAAGGAGAAAACUCUGUCUUCUCUUGAGGAGACCCCAUCAUUCCAAGAGUUCGCACGUGAAGAAGUGUUCACGGGAGUGA